GGGUGGUGGUGGUAGACUUACCAGGUUUUGGAGACACACACCUGACCCAGGAGCAGAUCAUCACAGAGAUCAGUCGAUGCGUGGCCCUGACGGCCCCCGGCCCCCACGCCUUCCUCUUGGUGGUCCAGGUGGGACGCUACACAGAGGAGGAGAACAUGGCCGUCACUAUGAUGGCUGCUGUAUUUGGAGAAGUGGCGGUCCGCAACCACACAGUGGUGCUGUUCACCCGGGGAGAUGACCUGGAGGAGCCGAUAGAGGAGUACCUGGCCAGCGCACCUGUGAGCCUCAAGGCUUUGAUUGACAGGUGUGGAGGCAGGUACCACGUUCUCAACAACCGGGCGCCCAGCGAUGUGCAGCAAGUUCACGAGCUACUAGGAAAGGUUGAGCAGGUUGUGGAGGACAACGGUGGAGGGUGUUACACCAACGUCAUAGUGCUGCGGAGAGUGAAGGUGGUGGUGGCGGCGGUGGUCACUGGCCUGGUGGUAGGGGCUCUGUGUGGUGCGGCUGUCCCACUAGCAGCAGCAGCAGGGGCAGCCGUGGUGGGGAACGCAGCAGGUUUGGGUGUAGCUCAUCUGGCUGGGGCGACGGUAGGGUGGGUGGAGGCUAUCGGCGCUGUUGUAGCAACAGCCUCGGGACAGACGGCCGCGGGGGCCGCUAUCGGAGGGCUUGUGGGGGGCUCCGUGGCCGCUGCGGCUGGGCUAGAAGCUGCCAGUCCUGGGGAAGGAGUUCAGUUAGCCCUGGGCCAGGUGGGCCUCCUGGGGGUAUCAGCUGUGGGGGUGGCUGCAGGGGUGGGGGGCGUCCUGGGAGCUGGGGCCGCCCUAGGGGCCACAGCCCUGCCUGGAGCCCAUGCUGCCGCUGCAGGGGCUGUAGUUAGAGCCGGGACCAGCGGGGCGGUGUGUGCUGCUUCAGGCCCCAGCUUGGUGUCUGCCUCCUGGGGAGGAGCGGGGGCCCGCGUCCUGGCUGCAGUAGCAGAGGUGGGCCAGGCGGGGGUGGGACUGGUGCUGGCUGGUGGUCUUGUUGUAAAGGUGUUCAAAGAAAAGGACCUGGAGGACUCCAAGGCGGUGCUGGUAGCAGCUAACAUGCAGCCUGAAGACCCCUUCCCCCUGGACGACAAGAUCAAAGAAGCCUACUCCCACGUCGUGGAGAACACGGCGUUCUUCGGGGACGUAGCGCUGCGUUUCCCCCGGAUCGUCCACCACUACUACGACCGCAACGCCGACUGGAGCGGCCUGCUGCGCUGGGGCCUGCGCUUCUGCAACCACACGGGGGUGUUCACCGGAGGCACCCACCAGCACGUCCUCACCCUGAUGUCUCAGGAGCUCGGUAUAACAGAGAAAACGCCAGACUUCACUAAUCCGUACCGUACCGAGAGAGACAACGUUCUUCACACAGCGGAGGCCUUCCAGAGGCUCCUGAGAGAGGAGGAGAAGAGGAGGAGGAAGGAGGAGAAGAGGAAAGAGAUGAGGAAGGGUCCCCGCAUCUCCCGCUCCGAAGAUGUUUCAUUAAACAUGCAGUCAGGAGCAGAGGGGCCGUGGCCAACAGACAUGGGGGAGAAUGAUCCAGAAGAAGAGCUGAGACUGAUCCUGAUUGGAAAGACGGGAUCUGGGAAGAGCUCCUCAGGGAACACCAUCCUGGGCCGGAGUCACUUCCUGUCCGGGUGUAGCGCCGGCUCUGUUACCAAGGUCUGCCAGCUGGGGACCUCUGACUACCCUGUGGAGGUGGAGGCGGGGAGGAGGAGCAGGAGGAAGAGGGUGGUGGUGUUGGACAUGCCAGGUUUUGGAGACACACACCUGACCCAGGAGCAGAUCAUCACAGAGAUCAGUCGAUGCGUGGCCCUGACGGCCCCCGGCCCCCACGCCUUCCUCUUGGUGGUCCAGGUGGGACGCUACACAGAGGAGGAGAACAUGGCCGUCACUAUGAUGGCUGCUGUAUUUGGAGAAGCGGUGGUCUGCAACCACACGGUGGUGCUGUUCACCAGGGGAGAUGACCUGGAGGAGCCGAUGGAGCAGUACCUGGCCAGCGCACCGUUGAGCCUCAAGGCUUUGAUUGACAGGUGUGGAGGCAGGUACCACGUUCUCAACAACCGGGCGCUCAGCGAUGUGCAGCAAGUUCACGAGCUACUGGGAAAGGUUGAGCAGGUUGUGGAGGACAACGGUGGAGGGUGUUACACCAACGCCAUGUACCGGGAGGCAGAGAUAGCAAUCAGAGAGGAGCAGGACAGGAUAAUGAGGGGGCGGGGCCAAGCAGAGGGCGAGGAAGAGGAAAUGAAGAUGUCUGAUUGGAGGAGGCGUGUCCUAGAGCGGGAUGGGGGGGCUGAUGACGGGGACGAGGUGUUUUGGACACAGACCGAGACGGCGGAGAGAAGAGGAGGUGCUCUCAGCUUCCUCAGGGAAAGAGGAGAGCGAUGGAGAGAUGGGUGGAGACGUAGAAGGAGGGGCGGUGGCCGGCCGAGGCCACGUGCUCCCUCUGCCCCCGGUAGGGGGUGGCGAAGCCAGGUGCCCCUUUCUCCCAGCGUGCUGCGGAGAGUGAAGGUGGUGGUGGCGGCGGUGGUCACUGGCCUGGUGGUAGGGGCUCUGUGUGGUGCGGCUGUCCCACUAGCAGCAGCAGCAGGGGCAGCCGUGGUGGGGAGCGCAGCAGGUUUGGGUGUAGCUCAUCUGGCUGGGGCGACGGUAGGGUGGGUGGAGGCUAUCGGCGCUGUUGUAGCAACGGCCUCGGGACAGACGGCCGCGGGGGCCGCUAUCGGAGGGCUUGUGGGGGGCUCCGUGGCCGCUCCGGCUGGGCUAGAAGCUGCCAGUCCUGGGGAAGGAGUUCAGUUAGCCCUGGGCCAGGUGGGCCUCCUGGGGGUAUCAGCUGUGGGGGUGGCUGCAGGGGUGGGGGGCGUCCUGGGAGCUGGGGCCGCCCUAGGGGCCACGGCCCUGCCUGGAGCCCAUGCUGCCGCUGCAGGGGCCGGGCCAGCCGCGGCAGGGGCCGUGGUUAGAGCCGGGACCAGCGGGGCGGUGUGUGCUGCUUCAGGCCCCAGCUUGGUGUCUGCCUCCUGGGGAGGAGCGGGGGCCCGCGUCCUGGCUGCAGUAGCAGAGGUGGGCCAGGCGGCGGUGGGACUGGUGCUGGCUGGUGGUCUUGUGGUAAAGGUGUUCAAAGAAAAGGUCUGUAGCGGCGAAGGGACCAGGGAAGCUAGCUACACAGAGCGCUAGCUUCCCUGGUCUAGG